AUGGAAAACAAUGUAGACAACACAGUGACAGAAAUGGUUCAACCAAGUCAAAAAACAAUAAAUGUUGUUCCGAAAUUGUCGAGAUUGGCGACAGAGAAGAUUGCUCAACUUGUUGAGACCGGUUGGUUUUUCCCUAUAUUUUUCUAGCCUGAUGAAUAUCAUUUUCAGAUAAUCUUCCAACUUUUCAUCAUCCAUUACUCGCUUCAUACAGCAAUGAAAUUUUCGAAAUUUUGCGAGAAAAUAAGAAGCUGUGCGAACGCACAUUAAAAAUAAUGGACAGGUCACGAUUUCAGAUCAAUAAAGUGAGUUUAAAAUAUUCUCAGAGCUUUUUAAAAACAUAUAAUUAUUUAGAUUGAUCUGAUGGGAAACAAAGUUUGCCAAGAUGACCUUAUUCAUUGCGCACAACACAAUUUGAAAGCUUUUCGACUUGGUGAUAUCGAGUAUUUACCCAGUAAGUAAAACACUUCAAAACAAGUGGAGAAAUAGAUCAAAGUAUAACGAUUAUUAUUAAUUUUAGAUACUAAUAAAAUUCAAAUUUCCGAUGUUUUAUCGAAGGCUUUGAAUGAUGAUACACGAAAAUAUCUGAAACAUUUGGAUUUGAGCGGUCGGAAUCGGAUAUCCUCGAAUUGGCCUGGAUAUGUAAGCUUUUUAGAGUUUCUUAUUUUUCAACAUUAUUAUUUUUUUUAAGGUUUCACGACAAUUUCCGAAUCUCGAAAGUUUAUCAUUUGCAAACAGAAGUACAGCAAACGACACUCUUUCAAUGGUUUGUUUAAUAUGAGCAAUUAUCAAAAUAUAUAUUUUUGUUCUUCAGAUUGGUGCAAAUCUCAAAAAUCUACGAUAUCUUGAUAUUUCGAAUACCUACGUAACUGAUAUUUCAUGUCUUUCCGAAAUGAAAAAUUUGGAAGUUCUUAUUAUGUAUAAUUUGAACAUAUUGAAAGGAGAUGUUACUGAAACAUUGUCGAAUUUGACCAAAUUGCGAGUUUUGGAUAUUUCGAGAAAAGUCAAUAGCGAUUAUCUACAAGAAACGUGAGUUUUAUUUUAUCUGAGCUCAAAAAUUAUCGUUUUUUUUUGUAGUUCACAAGAUGCUCAUUUGGAUGUUGCUCUUGGCAUUUUCAAUCGUUCGGUAAAAGCAAUUGAAAGCGGAACUGAAACACCGUGGGCUGAAUUAAGAGCAAUUGAUAUGUCUGGAUUGAGUAUUGUUCAAUUUGGAACAGAUCGAGCACUUGAAUUUGUCAGAAAAAUAAUUGAAGCUCAUCCAAGACUUCAACAAAUUGCUCUUUUGGCAACUCCACUUGAUUCACAAACUGUUGAAAUCGCUGAUAGAAAUUUGAAAGUUAUAAAUGCGUCAUGUCGUAAAUCGGUACUUUUUGCAUUAUCUCAUUAUGCUAAUUUGGAUCGACCUGCAUUUACUGCACAUGCAUUGCAUUCUGUUUAUUAUUUACUUCAAUCGGGUUAUGAUAAAUUCACACAAGAUGAACUUGGAGAAUGUGUUCGAUUAGUUUGUCUUUCAAUGCAAAGAUAUUUAACAACAUUGGCUGUUCAAAUUGCAGGAAGUGCUUGUCUUUAUCAUCUUUGCAAGUGAGUUUUUGUUAUUGUUUUGAAAUAAGUUUCAAAUUCAAGCGUGGAAGUAUUUUUUUUUAAUAUUGCUGACAAAAAACCCCAAACUCACGGUCUUAAAUUAUGCCAGAUUCCAAAUUUUUAAAAUUAGAAGUGCCCAAAUGCAAUUUUUUAUCAUUUAAAAAAUUCCACGUGAUAGUUCACGUAUUUAUAUUUUUUUUAAAUGGAAAUUUUUUUUUGCAGAAUGAAGCGGAUAAAACGAUUAUCAGUGAAAGAUGUUUGCAAUUGUAUCGAACGUUCUUUGGAUGCUGCUGAAUUUUAUAAAUCAAUGACACAACUCCAGAAAAAUGUUUGGCUGACAAUUUGCAACGAUUAUUUGUUGCAUUUGGAUGGUGUUGAUUUUUAUAGAACUUGCAAAGUUGCAUUAGAUACAAUGUUGUCGAAUCGCGAUUUGAGUGUUGAGAGGUAAUUUUCAAAAAUAAUUGUAUAGUUCUAAUUAAUGAAAAUAUAUAAUUUUAGAAUGACAAUUGCAAUUGUUUCAAUAGUAACUCCAAAAAUGCGUCCACGCGAAGCCAAAUCAUUGACUGCUGAUGAUCGAUAUGUUCGACAUUUAGUCAAAAUUAUGCAUGAUUAUCUUGAAAAUCAUUAUCGCGAGGCAAGAAAUAUUGGACCACCAUUGGCAAAUGAAAGAGAUAAUGAUAAUACUUUGUAUACUUUGAAGUUUACAUUGAGUGCAUUGUGGAAUCUGACCGAUGAAUGUUAUGAUACUUGUCAUGCAUUUUUGAAAGCUGACGGAAUUCGAAUUGCUUUUCAAAUUUUGGAUAUUUUCUCAACUCAUGGAAAUGUUCAAACUAAAGUUUUGGGAAUUUUGGUUGGUUUUUUCUUCUUUUUUUCAACUGAAAUAUUGAAUUUUUCAGAAUAACGUUGUCGAAAUUGAAGCAAUCAAUUUAUCGCAUUUCCGAGAUCCACAUUAUAUCGAAAUCCUGUUGUAAGUUUUUUAUAAUUCUUCUUAAACUUCAUUUCAUUUUUGAAAACGUUGAUCAAAAUGAGUUUUUUUCCAGAGAUUGUUUGGAUGGCGAUUAUUCGGAAAGAGAUGCAAAAGGACGAUAUCGUGAUGUUGAAAGAUCAUAUUUCGCUGCUGGAGUUCUUGCAAAUCUUCUUGUCGAUUCAAUUGCUUGGCCUACUUGCGAAACCCGUGAACAUGUCUGUGAAAAGCUGAUCGAAUCAAUUUCACUUUGGCCAGAAUUACCAUCUGCAAUGGUUUCGUACAGGUUUGUUUUCAAAAUUAGUGUUUCAUUCCUUAAUUUCAAUAAUUUUUCAGAUCAUUCAAUCCAUUUUGUCGAAUUGUUGAAAGUUCGAAUUCAAGUGGAGCUGUAAUGUGGUGUCUUUGGGGAGUUUAUCAUGUUUUAACUCAUCGCUUAACAAAUGAUGCACCGCAUUGUGAGAAAGGGUUAGUCUUAAAAUUUCGAAUCUCAUUUUUGCUGUUAAACAAUAAUUGUUUUUCAGAUAUAUUCAAAUGUUGAAACAGUCAAAAAUGUGGGAAAUGUGUCAAAAAUUGGCUCGAUAUGUGAAUUCGAAUUUCGAUUUACGAGUUGUUCAAUUAUCUCAAAAAAUCGUGGAUAUUGUUGAGCAUUCUUCAUAA